CUUCAUCGGAAGUGAGUGCAGCACUGAAAAACGUCCGGCGGGCUCAAGCGGCGCUCUGCUAAAGGUUCCGUCUAAGGGGCACCGUGCGUUAGAUGAGCAGCUGGAAAGAUUUGUGUAAUAUUUUCCUCUGCCAUGAAUGAAGAAGAGCUGGUUGAAGCCUUUAAAACCCGGAUGAGGCAGGACCCAGAUGUUGCCUCUGCUGUGGCAGCCAUCCAUGCAUUGCUGGAGUUCUUGAAGAGAGACAAAGGUGAGACAGUUCAAGGGUUGAGAGCAAACCUCAAGCAUGCUAUAGAAAUUCUCUCUGGUGUGGACUCUUCGGUUGCUGUCUCUUCUGGGGGAGAGCUGUUCUUAAGAUUCAUCAGCCUCACAUCUUUGGAGAACCCGGACUAUUCCAAAUGUAAAGAGGUCAUGAUUAAGCGAGGAGAGCUUUUCCUCUUGCGCAUCUCUCUUUCGAGGAACAAAAUAGCCAAACUUUGUCACACUUUUAUCAAAGAUGGUGGGAGAAUCUUAACUCACGCUUACUCAAAAGUGGUCCUGCGAGUGUUAGAAGCUGCUGCAGAAGCAAAGAAACGUUUCAGCGUCUACAUCACUGAAUCGCAGCCCGAUCGAGCUGGGCAAAAGAUGGCAAAGGCCCUCAGUAAACUUGGCAUUCCGGUGACCAUCAUCCUGGAUGCUGCAGUUGGCUACAUAAUGGAAAAAGUGGACCUGGUGAUUGUUGGCGCUGAAGGAGUGGUAGAAAAUGGUGGAAUUAUUAACAAGAUUGGUACAAACCAAAUGGCCGUGUGCGCCAAAGCUCAGAACAAGCCUUUCUACGUGGUGGCUGAAAGUUUCAAGUUCGUAAGACUCUUCCCUCUGAACCAACAGGAUGUCCCAGAUAAAUUUAAGUACAAAGCUGAUACACUGAAUCAACGUAAGGCACUUACGGAAGAGCAUCCCUGGAUCGACUAUACCUCCCCAUCUUUGAUCACUCUGCUCUUUACAGAUCUUGGGGUCCUGACCCCCUCUGCUGUUAGUGAUGAACUUAUUAAACUCUAUUUGUAAAAA